AAAUUAAAAAGAUCCCCAAAAUCGUUUGACUAAUGUGAAGGAGAGGGAAAAAGACUGGGAGAAAAAGCGGGGACAAAGAAACCAAAAGCAGGCACAGGCAAAGCGUCGAACAGCGGAGCUACACCACUCUCUCUCUCUCUACAUUCAACAGCGAGUGAGAUCAGCCGCAGCGGCGACAAUGUUCGGAGCUCAAUCUUCGUCGUCCCCCUUCGGCACGCCUUCGUCAACCCCAGCGUUCGGCACGCCGUCGUCGACCCCAGCCUUCGGGACGCCGUCGUCGACCCCGGCUUUCGGAACGCCGUCGUCGACCCCGGCAUUCGGGACGCCAUCUUCGACGCCAUCGUUCUUUACUCCUUCGACCCCGGCCUUUGGAACUCCGUCGACGUCUGCAUUUUCCGCCGGUGGCUUCGGCGGCUCCUUAUUCAACACUCCGUUCUCUUCUCAAACUCAGCAGCAACAACAACAGCAGCAAACGCCGUCGUUUCAGCAGCCUCAGUCUGCUGGCGGCUUUGGGUUUCAGGCUCCGUUCUCUGCGCCGCAGCAGCCGACGCCCUUCCCUAAUUCUCAAUUGACGACUCAGAUGGCUCCUGUCGCUCCUCUCCCUUUCUCUCUCGCCGAUCGCGAUAUUCAAGCAAUUGUUGAUGCUUACAAGGACGAGCCUGGAAACCCUAAAUAUGCUUUUAAGCAUUUGCUGUUUAGCGUAACUGAUCCACAGUUCAGGGUGAAGCCUGCUGGUGUAUCGGAUAUAAUGUGGGCAGAGGCUAUGGCGAAGCUUGAAGGUCUGGAAAGUACUGACAGGGAACGGCUGUGGCCUCAGCUUGUUCAGGGUUUUAAAGAUCUCUCUCAACGCCUGAAGCUCCAAGAUGAAGUCCUUCUUUCAGAUGCUGAGAGAUUGCAAAUGACCCAAAGCAAUGUCAAGAUGCUUCAAAGGCAUUUUCAAGCUGACACUCUUCCUUGGAUCGAAAGAAUGAGACAAAAAGAACAAGGUCUUCAAAGGCGCCUUUUGAGGGUGAUGAGAAUACUGGAGGCACUAGAGGGAAAGGGUUUCCGACUGCCUUUAAUGAAAGGUGAAGUAGAAUUGGCCGAGAAGUUAGCUGCAGUUACAAGACAGCUGAAAGGAUCGGGAGCUGAACUUUCUAGGAGGGUACAAAACCUAUUAACCAUAUCCCGUGUCCAAGAGAAUUCUAUUGGUGUCGGUGGUUUAGGUUAUCUUCCAGGAUCAACCAAAAUACACGAACAGAGUCUUGCUGCUAUGCAAGAGGUGUUACAGCAGCAGACGGAAGCUAUUGCGAGACUCGGCAAUGUUUUGAAGCGAGAUAUUAGGGAUAUGGAGAUUAUAAUGGCUGAGGAUAUGGAAACAACACAGAACGGGAGCUAAGACGGGAAAAUGAAACAAAUUGUUGGUUUGUUAAUUGUAAUAUUUUGAUUUAAAUUUUCGCGUUUGAUUCAGCAUCAGCAACCCCUGAAUCAUUAACAGAGGUCGAGUUAAACUAUGCAAAUCAAUUCAGCUGACCACCAGAGAUGAGAUUCAGUGUUAUACUUGCAGCAUCAUUUGCAAUGAACAUUAGCUCUUAUUUUACAAAUUUUCAA